UACCAAACGGUUAAGUGGUUAAUCAUUAAACUCAGUUGGAUUAAGUGAUGGUCGAAUGUAUUUGAACAAAUGAAGAGAAUCAUAUGAAAAGUAUUGUGAGCAUUGCAUUGUGAAAGGCAAUGACUUUAUAUGGAAGGUAUUUCUAGAUGAAACGGUGAUCAGGUUUGGUGAAAAGGUUACUGUGUGGUUUUGUGUGUUGUACAUUUUUGAAACAACAGCCUUUGUCAUGAUCUGUUUUGAGUUUGUACAAAAUGUUACCGCAUUCUUGUGAAAACAGGACCAAAGCGCUAAAAUCAAAACCAAAUAAACUGAGUGUUAAUGAUGCUGGUUCAGGAACAGCCAAUGUGAUGAGAGGAGUUGUCUUGUGCUCACACUUUCAUGGUUACAUUUCAGCAACAGCAUCCACAGUGAAUGAUGCCACGUACUCUGAAAUCUCAAUUCCCAAAGCCGGACGCAACCAGCCAUCUACCGACACUAAUGCUGGUGACCCUGAUUCUCAGAAGGGGUCAAAGGUCAGAGCAGGUGGAUGUGACCCUGUCAAAGUGGUCCUGGUGACUCUCUGUUUUCUUUUGUUGGGGAUGGUCAUUGGACUACGGUUUCUAUAUGUCAGCAACCUGCCAACCAAAAACACCGAGCUCCAAAUUCUGCACGCGGCUUACAAUCGAAAUCUUACAGAUUUGGAAAAAGCUUUUACCUCAGCUUUAAUGAUCAAAAACGGAGAGCUUCAAGAACUGCAAGUCAAGAACAAAGAUCUUCAGGAGAAGGAAUGUGCAGGGAAUAAUGACUGUCCUAAACCUAUGAACUGUGCUGAAGACUGGGAGUAUUAUGGGGGGAAGUGCUAUUACUUCUCCCCUGAUAAACUGACCUGGGCUCAGAGUCGGGAUGAGUGUAUCACCAGGGGGGGACACCUUGUCAUCAUAGGGAGCCUAGAGGAGCAGAAAUUCUUAGAUCAGAAAAGUGGUACAAAAAUAAGUACGGACCCUGAAGACAAGUUCUGGAUUGGGCUGACGGACAGUAUAAACGAGAAUGAGUGGUUAUGGGUGGACAAUUCACCUCUAAGCACAAGUUUCUGGCAUAGUGACCAGGAGCCGGAUGACUGGAAAGGAGAAAAUCCCGACGGUGAAGACUGUGCUAGAAUGGGGGAACCGGGUGGUACUAAUGACGGCAGGAGUUGGUUGGAUGUCAACUGUAAUAAGACUCAAAGAAGAAUAUGUGAGACAAAAUCCCCCUUGUGAAACAGUAUCUUUAAGAAACUCAAAAGUUCCUGAAAUAUGUCUCUGAACAACAAAAUGUUUUUUUUUGCUGGCAUUGAUAAAAAGGAGAAACUGUAUUGUGACUGGUUUACAGGAGAUUACUGCUGAUGUUCACAUAUCUUUCUUUUUUUGAACAUACAUUGUUUAUGCAUUUUAUGCUAUGGUGUCAAACAAACCAAAUCCCCAACUGAGUCUAAUUAAAAACAUGUCAGAUACAUUCAGUUCACGCCUCUUCACUUCUCAGUAGGCUACAGGUGUUGGAUCUUAAUUUGCAUAGUAUUGUUGUUGCAAUAAGAUUUGAACUUUAGUCCUUCCAUCAUGUCGUAUGUUGCUUGAUUGGUGGUUAAGCUGUUACCUGGCCAAAUUUAGGCUACAUGAAAAGUGCAAUAUUGUUGUGUGUGUGUGUGUGUGUGUGUGAGUGGGUUUUCAAUUCAUUUUUGGAAAUCAUGAAGCAUAUCUGCAUUUUGCGGUACAUGAGAAUUCUCAGUAAAGAGUGAUAAAAUUAAGAUCCUGCACCUGUACAUCAUCCUCAGUGUGUUUUGUACAUGUAUAUUUCUGCUUAACAGUGCUGUCUCUAGGCUUGUCAUAUUGUCUAUCCAAACCAUUGCAUUAAUAAAGUGUCAAAA